AUAAUAAGUCCAGUUGUCUUUUGAAUAUUAAAUGAGUGCACGUUUACUAGACGAUACGAACAGGUCGUGAGCCACUCCGCUGGAAUUGAAGUGAAUUUGAAGAUUCCAAGUAUUUUUGUGCCUUUUUUAAUAUUCGCGGUUUGGAUUUAACGACAGCAUGCUGGAGAAUAAAUUGACAAUUUUUAGAAAACAAUAUCGCAUGCAAAUAUUAGGCGCACUCACGUUUCAAAUUAUGAAUUUCGCACAUGGUUUCGGCACGGGAUGGUUGUCACCGAUAGUACAAAUUAUACAAUCACCUGAAACACCGUUAAGUUUUCCUGUUACCGUUGAACAUAUUUCCUGGAUAGGUUCGAUGUUUGGUUUUGGGUUUUUGUCUGGGAACAUUCUGUUUGCGGUAACGAUCAAUCGCUUUCGACGCAAAUUUAAUUUGUAUAUUUUGGCUUUUCCACACAUGAUUUUUUGGAUACUGGCUUACUUUGCUGAAAAUAUCGACUAUCUAUAUGUGGCACGCUUCUUAGCUGGUGUCACAGGUGGCGGGUUGUUCGUGAUUGGACCGAUUUUUCAGAGCGAAAUUUUAAACAAAAAUAUACGCGGCGCUAUAAUGUCGUUGGGUAUGUUGUUCCUCAGUGGUGGCACUGUAAUGGGUUUCAUAUUGCCAACAGUACUGAACUACCACGUAAUACCCUGUAUUGCGUUGCUCUUUCCAAUUGUGUUUCUAAUAGCUCUAUAUUUCUUUCCGGAGACACCACAAAGCCUGCUAAAAAGCAAUAAUCUCACAGAAGCCAAAGCUGCUUUUGAUUUUUAUAACGGCGUAGGAACUGAGAAAAGUCCGUCGUUCCGCUCAAGCGUAAAUGCGUCGGAGCCAGUGCAAAAUGAAUUUGAAGAGCUAAGUACAAAUAUUUUAAAAGGCGACUCCAGCCAAUCUGUCACAAUGGAUGACUUCCUCACAAAAUCUGCACUCAAGGCGUUUGCUAACGGCACUGUGCUGUGCAUUCUUUACCAGUUAUCGGGCUGCUUCGCUUUUCUCAACUACAUGACCUCAAUAUUUGCCGCAUCUGGUUCGGUAAUGGAUCCAUACUUCUGCACAAAUAUUGUUGGCAUCACACAUAUUAUCGGUUGUUGCAUUGCCACAGUAUUAGCGGAGCAUAUUGGUAGAAGAGCGUUGUUGUUUUUCUCAACAAUAGGCAUGGCUGUGAGCAUGUUCAUCUUUGGCGUCUUCCUCCAGCUCGCAGACACCCGGUUGAUGGAAAUGUAUUAUUGGGCGCCACUUGUCUUCAUGAUGAUUGUGAUCUUUUUUACAGCUAGUGGACUUUUUGGCAGUUUCUACACUAUUCUGGUUGAAGUUUUGCCGGUAAAGAUGUUAACAACGAAGUUACCACUGCUUGGUAAACGGUAUCGCAUGCAGAUACUGGUGGCGCUAACAUAUCAUAUUAUGAGCUUUGCUCAUGGCCUUGGUAUCGGAUGGGUGUCACCCACGGUGCAAAUCAUACAAUCGCCUCAGACACCGUUAAGUUUUCCCGUAACCGUAGAGCAGGUAUCAUGGAUUGGUUCACUCUUCGGUUUCGGCUUUUUGAGUGGAAAUAUUAUGUUUGGCCUCACUGUCAAUCGCUUAAGUCGCAAAUUGAAUAUGUAUUUAUUGGCGUUCCCUCAUAUGCUUUUUUGGAUCUUAAACUAUUUUGUACAAAACGUAGAGUAUCUCUAUGCAGGACGCUUCUUCGCCGGUGUCACCAGUGGCGGUUUGUUCGUUAUAGCGCCGAUUUUCCUUAGUGAAAUCCUAGAUAAAAACAUUCGUGGCGCACUCAUGUCCAUGGGCAUGAUGUUUCUUAGUUGCGGUGUAUUAAUUGGCUUUAUACUACCCACAAAAGUCGACUACUAUUUAACACCGUGUAUUGCGGUGGCGCUACCCAUAAUUUACGUUGUAGUGUUUUGCUUCUUCCCGGAAACACCACAAAGCCUCCUGAAGAGUGGCCGUCUGUCUGAAGCGGAGGCAGCUUUCAAUUUCUACAAAGGCAUUAACAAUGAAAUUAAGCCGCAGAUGAGCAGGAGCGUUGAAGAAUCGAAAACAGCACGGGAAGUGCAAAGCGAAUUCGAAGAGUUGAAAACGAUCAUUUUAACAGGAAACGCGAACGUGCCUGUUAAAAUAGAUGACUUUUUUGAAAGGUCAGCACUCAAAGCAUUUGCUGACACAUUUGUGCUCUGCAUACUGUAUCAAUCGGGAAGCUUCGCUUUUCUCAACUACAUGACUUCAAUAUUUGCCGCUUCGGGCUCCACAAUGGAUCCAUAUUUCUCUACCACAAUUGUGGGCGUAUCGCAUAUAUGUGGUACGUUUUUCGCCACCGUUUUCGUGGAGCGAUUUGGUAGAAGAGCUCUGUUGUUUUCUUCCACGACUGCUAUGAUUCUUGGCAUGUUCGGGUUCGGCGCUUUUGUACAGUUAACCGAUGCGACCACGAAAGCUCAAUAUGAUUGGGCACCACUUAUUUUUAUGGUUGCAGUGGUUUUCACUUCGGCGUAUGGACUUUUUGGAAACUUCUUCACCAUGGUGGUGGAAAUAUUGCCGGCGAAGAUCCGUACCCAGGCCUUAUCGAUUUCGAUGUGUUUUGUAAGCCUGUUAGUGUUCGUGAUCCUGAAGUUAUACCCAUAUUUUCUUUUCGAAUUGGGUAUUCCCACCACAAUGUAUACAUCUGGGACAAUAUCUGUUGUUACCACCAUAUAUUUGUAUUUAUUGCUGCCAGAAACGAAAGGAAAAUCAAUGGACACAGACUAAAAACUAAUAUACAAAUUGGGCUUUGUAAAAUACUCCAACAAAAUGAAAUAAUUAAACA